AUGCCUUCAUUUGCCGAUAGUUUUUGGUCUGAGGACUUGUCGACAGGAGUGGACCACUUAUUUCAAGAGCUUCACCGGGGUGGUAGCCAGAAUGCGUUAUUCAUACAGUUGUUUGCAUCAAGAAUGCAAUUCGAAGUGAACUACGGGCGGCAGUUGUGCAGUACAACAUCCAACAUAGAAGGUUUUUCCGAUAUCUCUGGGUCAGACCAAUCGCUAGAUGGGGCUCUGAACCAGAUGGCCAUUGCCAUGGAAAAAGAGGGCAAUGAACAUCUCGCUAUCGCUGCAGACAUUGAAGCUACAGUGCUAAGGCCGUUCAGUCAAUGGUGCCAAGAACACUCUCAAAGAGUGGAAUACUCCGAAAAAAUCCUCAAAACCAACGUUUCUAACUAUCAGAAGUCUACAAAGCACGUCGAAAAGCUCGAACAAGCCUAUUUCAACAAGUGCAGGCAGUUUGAAGACCACAAGAGGGCGCACUUCAACGAAGACGAGCUGGCAAAUGUCAUGAAACAGCUGGAACUCGUGCAAGAACAGGAAACAGCUUUGGCUAAGGAAAAAGAGUUCGAGACGUUCGGCAAAAUCGGGAAUCUCGAUUUUGAUGUCAGAACAAUGCGAGAAACGCUACGCCUUCUACUCACCAAACUCGAAAAGAGUACCUACAAAGUCCCGUUCAUCAACUUCCACUUCGAGAAUACCAACAAUGGUAGCGAGAUCGUGAAGUUUUUAAUGGAAAACUUGACUCUGAAAGACAUGGAUCAGGCAGAAGCCUUUGGACAAGAUCUUUUGAACAAUGGUUUCCUCAAAUACUGUAAUGGCGUGGGCAACACAUUCGUCAACUCUAAAAAGUUUCAGUACAGCUGGAAACCAUACGCAUACAAAUUUGCGCAGAUGCCGCUGCCCAAUAGCUCUGAAUUUGAGGAAGACGAAGUCGAAGAAGGACCCCAAGCGCUCGCCGUGUAUUUCAACGACUUCACUUCGAAAAUUGCAAACUCUCAAUCCUCAGGCUCAACUUCCCCAUCGUUGACGAAUACAGAGAAGACCCUGCUAAAGCACAUCAAAGAAGUAGAGACUGCAGAUGCGCGGUAUCGAAAAGAAUGCAAAAAAUUAGACGCGGUGCGAUGUACCUUGGAAGAGAUGAUCGUUGAUCAUUUGACAUUCAUGGAAAAGUGCGAACUGGACAGAUUGAAAGCUCUAGAGAAAGUCAUUUUAGAUUUUUCUCCUAUCAUUUCAAAGAAUGCUUCCGCCUUAGAGAGUUUGCAUACAGCCGUCUUGAAAACAGGAUCCGAAGUAGAUCCAACGCUGGACUUGCUAAAAUUAGUGGAAAGGGCAAGAACAGGAACUUUCCAGCCUCAUGUCGUUACCUACAACAACUAUUACAAUUCAGGGGGAUUCCAAAAUUUUGGGAUAGAUUUGGAGACUCGAAGUCGAAUGGAUAAAAAAGCUGUUCCGCUGAUUGUUUCUUCGAUUCUUUCGUUCAUGGAUCAAGUGUACCCAGAGCUACCCAACGACAAAGUUAGAACCACUGUAUGGACCGUUCCAGUGAAAUUGCAUUCGAGCCACCAGUUGAGAGCUGAGUUGAAUGAGGCUCCUUUCCAAGAGGAGACACAAAUAAUUAAGAUACUCGAAAAUUAUACCACACAACCGAGCACGAUAGCCAGCGUUCUAAAAAUCUAUUUUUUGGAGCUGCCUGAGCCCUUGAUCUCUUUCGAAGUCUAUGAUAUCUUGAAGGCUCUCUAUACAGAGUUCCCACCUUCAACGACUGCGAGUGAAGAUCAAGCCGCUAUUGACUCUCAAAGAGUUAACGGUAUAACAUCCUCAUUCAACUCCUUAUCAAAGCCACACAUUGCGACACUGGAUGCGCUUACUUCUCAUUUUUCCAGACUCGUCAAAAUCUUGAAAAUGGGGUCAUCCGCAUCUAGUGGAACGUUGGCAGACGAGUUCGUCCGAUCCGUUUCCCAAGAAUUUGCGAAUUGCAUUAUCAGGGUUAAACUUGAAGACGGGAAUAAUCUGGGGUUCAAGAUAUUCUCGGAUCUGCUUCUCUUUCGCAAGCCAAUCUUCCGCAGUUUGAAGAGACAAAACUCUAAAAGCCGCGAUGAUGAAAGUGCUUGA